UUUGACCUAUUAAUUUAAUUAAAGAACAAAUAAACUUUAUCCAUAAAAAACACUAAAAACAAUGGCGGACCAAGCAAAAUUGCAUCUGUUCUUCAACUGCAAUGGACAAUAUCUCAUCCCUUGCUCGUCACAUUUCCAUUUGAACAAGAAUAGCCGCCGAGGUCGCAAAAGCUCUCUUCGAAAAUAUCGCCGUUCACGGGAAUCACUGUUCAUCCGGCGAAAUUCCGUUAGGGUUCAUCUCAAAGUCCGCCGCCGCUCGGCCACGAUCAGAGAAUCGAGAACAGAUGUGCUCGUUACAGAGGCGAGGGAAUGUCUUUCUCCUAACCCUAACCGGUCCAGGCGAGCACAGACUCAAUCCCACGCUUAUAGAUGCGAUUAAAUCCUCUCUCAGUCAAGUCCGUUCCGAGGCUGAAUCCGCCGCCGGUAAUCCAUCUAGUUUUGCCCUAAUCACCACCGCCGAAGGCAAAUUCUUCUCCAAUGGCUACGAUAUCGAUUGGGCUGCGUCCUCACUUGAUCGGGAGUAUCUCAUGGACGAUAAGUUAAAAUCCGUCGCAUCCGAUCUCAUCACGCUUCCGAUGCCGACGAUUGCCGCCGUUUCCGGCCACGCGUCGGCCGCCGGCUUCGUAUUGGCGAUGAGUCACGACUACAUCCUCAUGAGGAGAGAUCGGGGAUUCCUGUACAUGAGCGAACUCGACAUUCGCCGCGUGAUUCCGUCUUGGUUUAUGGCUCUGGUGAAGAACAAAAUCGGAGCGCCGGUGGCUCGACGCGACGUCGUUUUGAAAGCGCCUAAACUGACGGCGGAUAAGGCUCUGGAAAUGGGGAUUAUUGACUCGGCGCACGAUAGCGCGGCAGAGACCGUCGCGGCUGCCGUUCGAUUGGGCGAGGAAUUGGUGGCGAGGAAUUGGGACGGUCCGAUUUACGCCCGGAAUCGGGUCGAGCUGCUCUCUGAAGUUCUGAACGUCAUCGGGACACGCUGCAUCGUCGCGAAGCUUUAGAGGUGGCGAGGAAUUUGUACUGUCAUAAAUUAUUAUCAAUAUCAGUAAAUGUAAUGCAAAAAAUUUACUGUCAUAAAUUAUUAUCAAUCUCAGUAACUGCAAUGCAAUGCAAUAAAUAUUUGUAAACCACAUAAAUGACUGAAUAUAGCGUUUGAUCUAAAUAUAGCGAUAAUUAGGAGCAUAAA